AUGAGCGGCGGCGGAGCCGGAGGGAAGGGGGCUAUGGUGGCGGCGGCGCCCGUCCCGGCCAGGUCCAGGAAGCUGGUGCAGGGCCUCAAGGAGAUCGCGAACCUUACGGAGGCGGAGAUCUACGCUGCACCGCGCGAGUGCGGCAUGGACGCCGACGAGGCGGUCAACCGCCUCGUCUCCCAAGAUACUUUCCAAGAGGUAAAGAGCAAGCGCGACAAGAAGAAAGAGAUUGAAGAGGUUCCUGAGACAAGAUAUCGAUCGGCAAAUAGUUCUACUAGUCGAGGCUUUAGAAGUGGUGCAGAUCGUGGUGGAUGGAGCAAUUCUGUGCACUCCAGCUCUACUGGUAACAUGACCUCAAGGCCACCAGUCUCAGGGUCUGGUACGGCAUCAGUUAAUUCCAGUCAGAGGCAAACAAUUGCAAGUUCCUCUGCAAACAAACAUAUGGUUACUGAUGGACCAGUAUCAUUGCAAUCAUCGUCUGGGUUUCAGCAUGGUGGUUGGUCUGGGAUACCUGGUCAGUUGUCGAUGGCUGACAUUGUGAAAAUGGGUCGGCCUCAGGGCAAGGCUUCUAGCAAACCUGUGGUCACAGCUGACAGAGGUUAUGCUGGACAGUACCCAUCUUUGCCAAACACAAACCAGAACCUGAAACAAUCUGUAAGCAUGGUUCCCCCAACAGAGCUUGACAAGGGGUUACAACCUGCCCAAGAUUCGGUUCAGGUUAAGAAUCAUGGUCAUUCUGCUGCUGACAGCAAGCUCCCAUAUGGUACUGAUUGGUCUCCGCAAGACGACCCAACAUCCCUUCCUGAGACAUCUGGUGAUCCGUCCUUGUAUGAAGCAUCGUUUCAGUCAUCUACAUUGGUUACUGAUGUAGUUAAUUCACAUGAAAAUUCACACUUGGAUGAAAACAGCACCUUUGCAAUGAGACCAGCACCUGCCUCUGAGAGACACUUGGAACCUAGUGAUGGUAUUUCUGAAUACAAUGAUGGAAUGUUGAACAACUCAAGUUCCUAUCAGCCUCAUAAUUACUCUUACACAGAACAAGAAGACUGUAUCUGUGCCAUAGAUGUAAACAUAAUCAGGAAGGUACUGGGACAAAUAUAA